AUGCUUGAAACGAGGAUCUCCAAUACUCACUUGUUAUGCAGGGCUCAAACUCGGUUGUCGAUUCUGUCGAUUCCUACCUCAAGUCUCUCUGUUGCCGACUCAACUCCCACAUGUUCCAACGACACUCUUACUUCAGCGCAGUCCUCGAUAGAUUCAGGCUGCUCUUCUGAUAUCAGCGAUGGCGGAUCAAGUGGCACUGAGGUAUCGGCCUUGAAGGGUCUUCUCGCCCACUACACCGAGUUCCAGGCCGCUGCUUGUUCUACCAACACCUCAACGAGUGACUACUGUGUCACCGAGACUCUUACCACCAUCCAAAAUGCUGUCGGCGGCAACCUCACCACCAGCGACGUGACCAGCCUCUUGAGCGGCUCGAACAGUAGCAACAGCAGUAGCAACAGCAGUAUCGCCAGCGUGUUCACCACUGGACAGCUGUGUACCGACUGUGUCAACGGAAUGUGCUACGAGGCAUUGCAGGCAAACUCUAGUAUUGCGGGCAACAUUAUCGACAAGGGAUUGACUUCCAAGUGCUGCUCCGACUUUGGCACCAAGGCCCCUGAUACCGCCUCCUCUGCUUCUUCGUCUUCUGCUUCAUCUGCUAACACAUCCUCCAGCUCCUCUUCGGCUGGAUCGGUUGCUACCCCCUUCGUCGGCCUCCUUGCUACAGCUGGUAUUGCGGGCAGCGUCCUUGGAGCUUUGGUAUUCGGCGCCGCCUCUGUGUUGUAA